AUGGCCACAAGCAAAUCGUUGGUUCUGGACCCGGCUCUCCAGAGAUACCAGGACUUUAACAAGAACCGCUAUAAGUACUUCCGCUGGACUCCACGCAAUGCCUGGCAUACACUUCUCUACGCUGCUCUGAUCCCGACUGCGUUGGGGUACAUUGCGUACAAGACGGACGGAAAAUACGAAUUUCGUGGGAAGCGGAGACAGGAUACCAUUGUUGAAUUCUAG